AUGGAAAUUCGAGCGGAAGCCGUGAAUAAUGCAGCUCAUUCUGGUCCGAAAAACAGUCAACCCAAAGAAGUAUUUGAAUUGCAGAAAAAGAUUGGAUUAUGGCGCGGGGUUUCUAUUAUUGCUGGGAUUAUGGUCGGUUCUGGCAUCUUUUUGUCUCCCGUUGGUGUGCUGGCCGGUACCAAUGGUAGUGUUGGAAUGAGUUUAGUACUAUGGGUUGUCUGUGGCUUAUUCUCAGGUCUGGCGGCAUUGUGUUAUGCUGAACUCGGAACAACUGUUGUAGAAUCUGGAGGUGACUUUGCAUAUUUUAAUGCAGCUUAUGGAGGACCCGUUGCUUUCGCCUUUUCUUCGGCUUAUCUUUUUGUUAUUUACUCGACGGGGAGUGCAGCUAAAGCCGUUGCGUUGGGAACAUAUAUUGCUACACCUUUUUACAAUGGAGAAUGUGCUCCACCGACCACAGCUGUCAAGUUUGCGGGAGCCGCAGCCAUUCUUGUGGUGACGUUCGUGAAUUACUUCAGUGUUCGAAAUGCUGCUAGAGUUCAGGUUGUAUUCACCAUUGCUAAAUUUGUCGGGUUGGCGGCUAUCAUAAUUGGUGGAAUUACACGCCUGGCGGAUGGAAACCCAGUUGCAAAUUCUAAUUUUGUGAAUGCGUUUGAUCCCAAAGCAUUAGCCGGUCUCACUGCCACGCAGAUUGGAUUAGCAUUCUAUCAGGGACUUUUUUCGUAUGAUGGAUGGGCAAAUUUGAAUAGAGUGACAGAAGAAGUUAACGACGUGGGAAAAACUCUGCCAAGAUGUAUCAUGAUAGCCAUCACUGGAGUGACUGCCUUUUAUGUUCUUGUUAACAUAGCUUAUUUUUCAGUUCUCACUCCUGAAAACAUUCUGUCUUCAAAAGCAGUGGCUGUUACAUUUGGGUAUCGGGUUUUUGGAUCUUUUGGUUGGAUAAUGCCAUUGGCUGUGUGCCUUUCUAUAUUUGGAUCACUGAACGGAUCUUGUUUAACUGGUGGAAGAAUUACAUUUGCUGCAGCUAGGAGAGGGCACUUGCCUCAAAUAUUUUCUAUGAUUCACGUCGAGCAUAUUACUCCGGGACCAUCUCUCCUUAUUCAUAACUUACUCGUUUUAAUAAUGCUUAUACCUGGUGAUUUUGACACUCUUCUCAACUCUAUGAGUUUUGCAACUUGGAUAUUUUAUGGUUUGGGUGCCGUCGGAGUUCUUGUUCUACGAAAAACAAGACCUGACUUGCCAAGGCCUUACAAGGUUCCUGUUGUUAUACCUGUCAUUGUCGCUAUAUUUACAGUUUAUCUGACAAUUGUUCCAUUAAUCGAAAACCCGGAUAUUUCUUACUUGUAUGGUGGAAUAUUCAUACUUUGUUCGCCGAUUUUCUAUUUCCUGUUUGUCUACAAAAAACUUCGUCUGCCAGGAAUGGAUCACUUCACAAUAUUUUUGCAAAAAUUUCUUGAUGUUUCACCAACGGAUUGGGAAGACAAGUUGGCAAUAAAUGCUUCUGAUAAGAGUGAAUAAUUAGUACAUCGCACAAUGUACAUUUUCAUAAACAUUGACAUUAAUAAACAGAUAUUAAACAUACUUUUUAGUUUGUAUGUGCUAACUUGGCUACUUAUAUGCUAAUGAACUGUUUUUUAUUUCACUUUCAAUUGUUCUGUGAUUCCACUGAUUUUGUAUAAAUGUGUAUGAUGAUUUUGUCGUCUGGAAUUCUUCAGAUCAUAAAUCAAAAUAUUGGCGCUAUGUUCAGUUUGCGUUUACGUUAACUUAAAGAAUAUCUUUCAGAUGAAAUAAAUCCACGAUAUAGUUUUAGAGAG